GGAAUAUUUAGCACCUCCCACCUCCUGUUUGCCUGUUUCUUUGACGUGUCGGGCUUCUAUUGAGGUUAAGAAGCGUUAAUUAAGUAAAAGUACUAUAUAUUAUUUAUCGUAACACAAAAUGCAUGGAAGAAUUAAGGUGAGGACCACCGAAGAACAGAACUUACAAAAACACAAAGAACAACAAAAAAAAUUAACUGCCUAUCGUAUGGGAAUGAAACAGAUUCUUGCCACUAGGGAUGCUGAUAGUUAUAAUAAAGACUCUUUAGCAUUAAGUGCUCAGCUUCUUACCAUUAAUCCGGAUAUUUAUACACUUUGGAACUAUCGAAAGGAAGUUGUUUUAAUAGAAAUAAAAAAGAGUUAUCAGGAUGAAGUUGCUGAUGAUCAGAAGCUGAUACAUUUUUUUGAAGAGGAGUUGCGGUUAACUGAGCAGUGUCUUCUUUCUAAUCCUAAAUCUUACGGAUCUUGGCAUCACCGUUAUUGGAUUUUGAAUCAUCACACUAAACCAAAUUGGCAAAGAGAGUUUGAUUUAUGUAACAAAUAUGUAUCAUUAGAUGAUAGGAAUUUUCAUUGUUGGGAUUUUCGACGGCUUAUAGUUAACAAAAUUGGUAUAAGUUUGGCUGAUGAAAUAGCGUUUUCAACAGAGCGAAUAAAUAUUAAUUUUUCAAAUUAUUCUUCAUGGCAUUAUAGGAGCACAUUGCAAAUUCUGAAUGAUGAAAACAGUGUGGCUAAUGAUUUAAUUUUGGUUCAAAAUGCUGUAUUUACAGAUCCAAUUGAUACCAGUGCUUGGUUUUAUUUGAGGUGGGUUUUAAGCCACCCUGGUAUAACGAAAAUUCAAAAAGAAGACUUACUAAAUGCUUUAGAACAACUGCAAGAAUUAGAACCAGAGUGUAAAUGGAUAAUUAUGGCUAAAUGUUGGUUGGUUAAGCAAGGAAAUUUAGAGAAAGAUGCUAUUUGCAGACUUAAGCGUUAUUACACAGAAUUAAUUAAACUGGAUCCUCUAAGAGAAGGUCACUAUAAAGAUUGCUUCAAAGUAUUUUAAUCGAAAUUAUUAAGUGACUGACACUAAUCUUCAAUGCAUUUCACAUAUAUGGUGUAUCAUAAGACCACCUUAAAUAUACAGAAUUAAACAAAACCAAAUAAACAAAAAAAGGUCA